UAGUUUCGUCGAAAAGACGAAGUUGACAACAGACAACAGGUCGUAAGUAAGGUCUGAGUAAGGACCAUGGCGUUACAGACGCUUGCCUCUCGGGCUUUGGUCACGGUAGACAAGGACAAGAAAAAUGAUACCCUCAACGAAAAGAAGAAAACAGUGUUAGACGAAGACUCAUACACGCAGGGUAUCGAGGAGAUAAUCACCAGAGACUUUUACCCAGAUCUGCCAAAUCUAAACUCGCAAGCCGAAUACUAUGAUGCUCUUGAGAGGAACGACUUGGUGAAACUGAGAGAAAUACAGAUGAGGUGUAAAGAUCUCCGGCCUUCCACAGGAGUGUCAAGUAUUUAUAACUCCCCAGAUACGUUUGAGACACCUGAUGCAUCAGCCAGGGCCCCGUCCCCCUCACAGAAGCAGCCCACAGCCGGUGACCCGAGGACAGAUGAGCAGCCAGAGUUGCCGAAUAAUGUUGAUGAUGAUAAAAAGAAAGAAUUAAGCCUGGAUCGGUAUCUGGCUAGGAACACCAGUGAAGACAAUGCAUCAUUUAUGGAAAUUCUUAAGGAAGGCGAGCGUAAACAUAGAGAAAAACAUGCCUGGAUGUAUGACAAGGAAGAGAAACAAGAAAUGGAACAUGAGCAGAAGCUGGCCCUGCCCAGUAUCGAGGAGCAGGCUAUGAUAGAACCUGGGAGUGGGAGAGUGGACACCUGGAAGUAUAAACCCCAGAAUGCCCUCAUGUAUGUCCCUGAUGGGGAAUCUUUGAGUGCCAAGGAACUAAUCGAGCUGCAAAAACAUAAACCAAGGGAGAUAAUCCACGAAAACACCCGCUUCCAGUUCAACCCACACAACAUUGUGAAGAGCAAACAACAGAUGCAAGAGGCUGCUUCCUACAAGGCACUGGCCAAUCUGGGGAAAAUCGGACAUGAUGGAAAGGAAAUUUUACCUUCCAUGUCGCCAAAUGUGAAUGGUUAUGGGUUUGUGGCGACCCCGUCUCCAGCGCCAGGGGUGGAUGACUCGCCUAUGAUGACGUGGGGAGAGAUUGAGAGUACUCCCUACAGACUUGACGGGGGAGGGACCCCACUCCCUUCUACCCCGGGGCCAGUGUUUAAGAUUCCAGCAAUACCAAAAAGGGAUCAACUGGCACUGGAACUGGCAGAAAAAGCAAGCAAGGCUCACCGCGACAAGAAACAGAAUGCAAUCAAACAAGUUACCAGAAAUCUUUCAAGCCCCUCUCCAAAGUUUGCGAUGAGCACAACAGAUCGUGUGAAUUCUAUGUCUCCAGCAGCUCAACGCUUAGUCAGCAAAAAACUGGGGAUCAAAACCCACGCUGACAAAGCUUUACGGGCCAGUUACAGCCCCUCCCCCACAAGACACUCAGGGGACAGGACACCUAUAAGUUUGACCCCUAGUGGAACACCGAAGUCAAGGUCAAGUACACCAAGUACAGGGUCAAGGACCCCUGGUAGUGACCCAAGGACACCUAAACGUGAUGGAAGUGAUAUUUCAUCUCUUACGGACAAUCUUUUGCAAUUGCCCAAGAGGCCAAAGGCUCAGGAUUUCUUUUGAAGCUAUGAAGGAGUUGAUAAAGGCUUAACUGUGAUAUUUGACUUUAAAUGAGUGUGUGAGUUUUCAGCAAUGUCGCGGCAAGGGACUCCAAGAGGGGCUUGACACAUUGUGCCCAUGUAGAGACUGAAGCUUAUGUCUCUGUGUGAUUGGGGAAUGCUUUAACCAUAAGACUGUCCCACCGUCCAUUUGAUGUUGACCUAAGGCAGUGUAUCAAAUUCCCCCAAAUUUCAGUCAGACAAAUGGACUGGCGACAUUGCAAAGUUACCAGAUAAAAUGUUGCCAGUCCAGUAGUUUCUAGACUAAUGAACAAUUAUAACAUAAGAAUAAUACUGUUUAAUUUAAUGUUACAGGGGUAGAAAUUAACAUUUUUAGCCCACGAGUCCUUAUAAUGAUAACAUAUAGCAAAACCCUUUAAAAUGGCAAAUUUCUACUAGUCCUUAUGAUACCUUAACUAUUGGGCAGUUUGGCAAGGACUACAGGACUAGUGCCAAUUUCUAAGGCCGUGUUAGUUCUCAGAAAAUAACAACCGACCAUUAGGCAUGCAACUUUUCAAAUCUGACCAUUCAUUAGCAAAAUAGACUGUCUCGGAAUGUCGUUCAGGCAGGUAUAUUGAACACUGCCUGAGGUGAUGAUAUUGUUGACAUUGUUGCAGUAUAAUGAGACGUGAAGGGCAUUUGAUUGAGAGUUUGGUACAGUUUGUGAGGAACAAUGAUCUUCUGUUUAUGUAUCGUUUUAGAGUGCAUGUUGAUUUGUGCAAAUUGUUGGUUUCUUUGUUAAAACAGGGCCUCCUUAUUUCAACAUGUGAGUGGGACUGGCACAGUUGUCUAAGGCAAGACAUACAACAUACCCAUGCUCAUGGGUUUUACCAAAGUGAUAUACAUGAAAAACCUUCCCCACUUCGGCUUUCCUUUUUCGUCAAGUGUAAAUGAAGUAGUUUGCAAAGUGACAUAAGACUCGUGGCAUAAUGUGGUGUGAGUGAGUGAGUGAGUUGGGUUUAACGCCGCUUUUAACAGUAUUCCAGUUAUAUCACGGCAUGUCAGCUUAAUAUGGGAGGAAAUCCCAAAGUGAUGCAGGUCUCCGACAUUAA